AUGGCUUAUCUGGGAAAUCUGCCUAUUUUUGACCAUAAGUCAAGUGAAUGGUCAAUUUUCAAAAGCAGACUAACUCAGUUUUCGAAGAUAAAUCGCGUCGAAGAAGUGAACAAAAGUGGAAUUCUUCUCACCCAUCUUACGGAUGAAACGUAUCGCUUGGUACGAAACUUAGCGUACCCGCAAGACUUAGAAUCUCUAAGUUACUCGAAUCUCGUUAAAUUACUCGACGGUCAUUUCAAGCCAAAAAAAUGCUCAUUUGUGGAUAAAGAAAAAUUUUUUGGAGCAACCAGAAAUCCAGGCGAAUCAUUGGGAGACUGGGCAGCGCGAUUGAGAGGUCUCGCAAGCAAUUGUGACUUCGGCACUGCCUUGGAAACGAAUUUAGAUCGUUUCGUCCUCGGCCUGGGCCCUGGCCCGGAACAAGAUAAGUUGUUCGAACAAGAUCCGUCCACAUUGACACUGUCAGUAGCUAUGGAGCUAGCCGAGCAGGCGGCGUAUGCCAGGCGGGCGAAGGUUAUGUUGUGCACCAGCGAACAUGCUACAAUUAAGGAGGAACCGGUAUACCGAGCGAAAUUUCAAGGUCAAGGAGACAGCGGCGCGGUUAUACGGCGUCCUAAUGCUGGCAGGACAUCAGGAGGUCGCGACCAACCGAGAGAUUUUUCUCGUUGUUCGGUCUGCGGCUUGAAGAACCAACCAAAGUGA